CCUGAUCUCUACCCUAACAUUAAGAAAGAAAUAAAAUUGAAGAUUUCUUGCGAGAAAGACAGUUACGAUCCGAACGGCUGCACCGGACCCGCGCUCUUCAAUAUUGAAUUCAUCGAAGCGACUCUAAAUCAACACUCAUUGAAGUCUAUCGAAAGAAACCGAAUAGACUUCGAGAAUACAAUCUCACAACUGAUCGAAACGCCGUCUAAUAAAGUGGUUUUGGCCUCACUUUUCAUAGAGAAGGCCAUUCCAAUAUUGAUAGAAUCGUAUGAUUUCCAUAUUGAAGACAAUCAGAUAGAGAGAUCACUGUUGGGCUCAAUAUUGUCGUGGAUU